UAGCUUAUUACGAAAACCGAAUCAUUGUUGGCCGAGUUAACAUUAUUUAGAAAAAAAAAAUCAUUUUGUUUUUUAUUUGGCGAUUUAUUGAACAUUGAUAGAUUUCAAAUGGAGCUACAAGAUGAAUUUUAUAAUAAUGCCGAGUAUAUAGAAACGGCAUCGGGAAAUAAAGUGAGUCGACAGUCUGUUUUGUGUGGAAGUCAAAACAUUGUUAUUAAUGGAAAAACUAUAAUAAUGACAGAUUGUGUGAUUCGUGGAGAUUUAGCCAAUGUGCGAAUUGGAAGACAUUGUGUUGUCAGCAAAAGAGCAGUGAUAAGGCCACCAUUUAAAAAAUUUAGUAAAGGUGUGGCAUUCUUUCCUCUUCACAUAGGAGAUCAUGUGUUUAUAGAAGAAGAUUCUGUUGUAAAUGCAGCACAAGUUGGGAAUUAUGUUCAUAUAGGGAAAAAUUGUGUCAUAGGCAGGCGGUGUGUGUUGAAGGAUUGCUGUGCUAUUGCUGACAACACAGUUCUCCCCCCUGAGACGGUGGUCCCUCCCUUCACUGUGUUCUCAGGCUCACCAGGACGAUUUACUGAAGAGUUGCCAGAAUGUACUCAAGAUUUAAUGGUUGAUGUGACUGUUAGCUAUUAUCAGCAUUUUAAGGCAACACCGUCCAGUAAAUCCAAAGACAGACACAGAUAGUCCCAGAGUGAAAUGAACAAGGACCAUGAUCUAGUGCAAUACAUGUAUAUCAUUAUGAACUUUAUUUAUUAAAUUGUGCUUUGCCUUUUUCAUUUACAGUCACUGUUACAGCUUCAUUCACACAUGUAAAUAGUAGAAAACAUAACAAAAACUAAUAAAUAUGAAAACUUGCAUCUUCAAA